GCGGAGGAGGUGGCGGUGGUGGAGAUGCUGCUGGAGGCCUACUUCAUGCAGCUGGGGCACUCCUGGCAGCGGCUGCAGUCCCUGAAGAGCUACAUCGACGCCACCGAGGACCUUAUCAACCUGGAGCUGGACCAGCAGCGCAACAACCUCAUCAGCGUGGACCUCAUGGUUACGUUCGGCUCCUUCCUGCUGACCGCCAUGUCGGUGAUCGCGGGGCUGUUCGGAAUGAACGUGGCCAACGGGCUGGAGGCGGACCGCCGCGCCUUCCUGGCCAUCUGCCUGGGCUCCGCGGCGGCGGCGGUGGGGCUGUGGCUGCUGUUCGUGGCGGCCGCCCUCCGCACGGGGCUCAUGAACGGGCUGUCGUGGAGGUGAUAGCGGUGCGGGGCGGGUGUGCUGGGAGCCACCAUGCGGGGCGGGUGCGUGCGUGUGAUGCAUGAGUCGGAUCUCGGAUGGCAGGGGCAAGGCGGUGACUGGGGGCUGUCCAGGCGCAUGCACGUGAUGUGGUUACCAAUGUGGUACCGUCACUGGAACCGGACGUUCUGAGACGGCAAGGCGUGGUGCUGGUGGGGAGGGGGGCAGUGGUGUGUGGCUUACAACUUGCACGGGAGAGAUGAGAGGCACUGCACUGCGCAUGGUGACUUGAGAGUGCUUAGCGGCGAGAGGUGUGGGCGCGUAGCCUCCCUGAGAGGUUCAGCUGUGUAGGUGAGACCCUUGCAUGCAUGGGGCUACAAUGACGGAGUAGCGGAGCAAAGGAAUCAGUUUGGUUUAUUGAGUCAGGCGAGGUGCCGUGUAGCACAGUGUAGUAGCAUGGGGCGGGGCUUACAGGCAGCGGCGGCCCUGGCGCCAUGAGGUUUGCUGGAGCCCCCCUGAUGGCAUGGGGCCAUGUGGUACCGUUGGGGGCAACGGACACGAGGUGCGAGUGUGACAGUGCAGGUUUCCUACGUUGCAUGUCUGAGAAACGGUGCCUGCAUGUUUAGCCAUGCGAUUAAGGUUUCAAUGCAACUCGUCUUCCUGGUAAACGGGAGGCAGGCAUCCAUUAGGCGCAGGGUUAAGAGGUCAGCGAUGUGCAAAGGCCAAGCUGGAGAGUUCUACUCUGUAGUAUAACAAGCAACUAAGGGAUUGGGAUGCUUUUCAUGCGAUGUCCCGCCAUAGACUAUGAAUUGCGUUCGCGGAUGGCUGUAGUCGACAGGCGAAAAUAACUAAUUCGCAAAGCGAUCAUCCUCGUAAUUAAAUGCGCUUACAAUAUGUGUUAAAAUUCCUGUAACUGCCCAGGAGACCAGCGCCCUUGGGCUGGUACCGACUGUGUACGGCAUACGAGGAGACAGCGCCAUUCUACUAGUAGACUUGAAGGACCAAUCUUAGGUGAUUGCUGCCCUUACUAGCUGGACACGUUACUUACAUGUGACAUUAACGCCCUUCUGCUCAAGGUUGUCAAAGUUCCAAACACAACAUCUGAAAGAGCGGGCCUCCCCCUCCUGUACAUGUCCUAUUGUCAGCAACGCCUAUAGUUCAAAUUUACUGUACUUUGUGUGCGGAUCGCCAUUUAAUGCGGUGUAUCCUGAAAACAGACGUCAUGAACAAGCCGCGUGAAUGUACGCUAGUGAGGAGUCUUUUAUUGGUCGUCUUCAGCCUUACCAUUUCUUCUACCACAGCACAGCCCACCUCCUCACCGGCUUGUAGUGACGUUGCUAUUCUUUCACGUCAAAAUAUACAGUCUAAUUCAUUCAC